CUGAUGGAGCAUUAAGCCUGAACGCUGCUGGCAGCCAUGGACUCAUAUUCAUUUGGUUGUUGAGUAAACCAGCCAGGCUUUGGACCUUUCCCUUCACUCACAUUUUUUUUUCCUUUUACUCCUUCCAGAAAAUCAGGAAUUACUUGAACCAGCUAAUUUUUUAGUGUGUGUGGAAGGUUUCGGGGUAGGGAAGGGGUCAGGAGACUUCGUUCUGAGCCUCGGCACGCUUCUGCUGAUCUGCACUUGCUCCCACUUGGGAUACCCAGACAAAGGUCUCGCGGAUGACCUCUCCACACUAACUUUAGCUUUUCACCGCAUUCACUCUGAGGGCGGUGAAUUGAAUGGGCAUUUUCCAGAGUUUGGAUGUUUCCAUGCUGAGAGCCACCGGAUAAGAUGGUGCCCCUGCAGAAAAGGGAUCAGUUUGAUAACUUGGAGAAGCACACGCAGUGGGGGAUUGAGUUUGUGGAGAAGUACAACAAAUUUGUGAAGGAGCGAUUGGAGAUCGAAAACAACUAUGCAAAGCAAAUUAGGAAUCUUUCAAAGAAAUAUCAACCCAAGAAGAACUCAAGGGAAGAAGAAGAGAGCAAGUACACCUUCUGUCGAGCCUUCUUCACAACCCUUAAUGAGCUGAACGACUACGCGGGUCAGCACGAGGUUAUAGCGGAGAACUUGACCUCCCAAAUCUUCAUCGAGCUUACGCGCUACCUGCAGGAGGUCAAGGCUGAGAGAAAAACGCAUUUCCAUGAUGGACGCAAAGCACAGCAGUACAUUGAAAGCUCAUGGAAGCAGCUGGAAUCGUGUAAAAGAAGGUUUGAGAGGGACUGCAAAGAGGCAGACAGAGCACAGCAAUACUUUGAGAAGAUGGACGCUGACAUUAACGUGACUAAAGCUGAUGUGGAAAAGCGAGGCUUGAACAAGGCACGACAGCAAGCUCAGAUGAGGCACCAGAUGGCUUCUGACAGCAAGAGCGAUUACUCGUCCUACCUGCAAAAGUUCAACCAGGAGCAGAACGAUCAUUACCACACAAUAAUUCCCAACAUAUUUCAGAAACUUCAAGACAUGGAGGAGAAAAGGAUCGAGAGAAUAGGAGCGUGCAUGAAGACGUUCGCAGAGGUGGACCGCCAAGUGCUGCCCAUCGUGGGGAAGUGUUUAGAUGGCAUGACUACAGCUGCCGAGUCCAUCGAGCCCAAGACUGACUCCCAGCAAGUGGUGGAGUCCUACAAGUCUGGCUUUGAGCCACCGAGCGACGUGGAGUUUGAGGACUACGGUCAGGCCAUGAAGAGGACGGUGUCUGAGAACAGCCUGUCCAACGCCAAAGAGGGCAAAGAGAAGCCCGCUGGCAAGAGCAAGCCCAAACUGUGGCCUUUCAUUAAGAACAAGAACAAGCUUAUGUCCCUGUUAACGUCCCCCCGUCAGCCCCCACCUGCCCCCCCAGCCUCAUCCCUGCCCUCACCCUCUGCUGUUCCCAACGACUCCCAGUCUCCCAAGCAGCACAAGGAGCCCCUCUCCCACCGCCUCAACGACUUCAUGGCCUCCAAACCCAAAAUGCACUGCCUCCGGAGCCUGAGGCGAGGGCAGCAGUCCCCGUGCUCGCUCAUUUAUCACAAAGAGCUCAUGAAGAGGACUCUGGGUCAACCUACAUAUGCUUUCGAAGCAAGGCAAUAUGUUCUUUCUCUCAAGCUGAUCACACUCAAUUCCCACGUCCGGAGUCUCAUUGAGGGAUCUGGACCAGAGGACUUCAGUCAUCUGCCACCAGAGCAAAGGAGGAAGAAGCUACAGGGCAAGAUUGACGACCUCAAUAAAGAUAUUCACAAAGAGAUGGACCAGAGGGAUGCACUGACCAAGAUGAAAGACGUGUACAUAAAGAACCCCCAGAUGGGCGACCCGACCAGCGUGGACCCCCGGCUGACAGAAAUAGCCCAGAACAUUGAGAAGCUCCAGGCUGAAGCACAGAAGUUUGAGGGCUGGUUAGCGGAAGUAGAGGAGAGGAUGCCUUCGAAGAGCGACUCACACCGUAGAAGCGGACUUUACGAGAUUCAGAGCAACAUAGCAGUGAGCAACAACUGUGCGCAAGACAGAGAGAGGCCCCUGAGCAGCCCGGACGGCAGCUACACAGAAGAGCAGAAUACAGAAACUCAGGUCAAAGCCAACAUUAACCCCACCCCCAACACCAACCCCAUCCCUACCACCAUGCCGGACGACGAGGAAUUCGACGACGACGACGAGCCGCUGGCCACCAUUGGCACCUGCAAAGCGUUGUACCCUUUCGAAGGUCAUAACGAAGGCACCAUCGCCGUGGCCGAGGGUGAGCUUCUGUACGUCAUAGAAGAAGACAAAGGAGACGGCUGGACACGGGUUCGGAGGAACCAGGACGAAGAAGGAUACGUCCCAACAUCCUACAUUGAGGUCAAUCUGGAACCGAAUGCCAAAGGUGCUAUGACGUACAUCUAACUUGGCAAGCUCAUCCUGUGACAGAUUUUUUUGUUUGUUACUUUAAUCAAUAUCUUUCCAUUGACUGGGUCAAAGAUUAUAGAUUGUUAAUAGCCACUUGGAAAGAUGCACUUCCCGUCUCCGUAGAGGGAAGGACCAAUCAUAUUUGUCUUUUGUGCCUCAUGACAGUUGAUGCAGGGAGCGUGCCUUUUAAUUCUGAGGUCCAUUGUGUGAAGACUCAGAGGACAAGGCACACAUUUUCACUGCAGUGCCACCUAGUGGUCGUACAACACGAGUCAUGACACCUCCAGUCAAAGCUGUGGGACAAAUCAGCUGCUGACAAUGAGCACCGAUACAUUUCAAACACAAACCUCUUGAUUACACUUGUUAGAAUCUUAAAUGUUAGAAUAUGGACUUGAACUAUUAUAAUAUUAAUCAAGGGGUCUGAUCCACCACCAUGAAAGACCAUCUGAAUCGUGUGUUUUUGUAACUCGUUGCACCCAAACGACAAACAUGCUCAACGUGCGAUCAUACAAAACGCUGCCGAGAUCUGCUGUAUUAAUUUUAUGUCUUCAGUUACUUUUUGUAGGCCGAUCAGAAAUAGAAACACAAUAAAAUCCAUGACCUCAACUCUAAAAAUGUUGCAUGCCUUUAAUAUUAUAAAUGCUGGCGCAUUAGGAAAUGUAAAACCAAUUAUUGUUCCCAAUGAGGGAUGAUUUUAUAAGACUAGUAAUCAAGUUUACGGCAUUUUUUUAUUGCUCUGUUUCCACAUUCUCGAUUCACUUUUUGAUAACUGUAUUGUUGGCCUGCUCUGGAUCUUUCUCUCCAGGCCAGUGGUAAAGGAAUAAAGGAAAAAGAAAUCAGCUGCUCUCAGCUCUAUGGUGAGACUGAGCUGAGGUUGCGACCUUUUUAAAGCUCCAUGGUGUCUUGCAUGGGUCUUCUAGCAACACCGUCUGUCAUUCCACUUCACUGCCACAUAAUAUUUCGCGCAACGAAACAGACUGACUACUUCUCAGAUUAGUGCAAAGGCCUCAGUUUGGCUUUCACAGGGUUUGUUAUGGCACUUUUUUUUUCUUUACCAGAGUUUUUGAGAAGUGUUGCAUGCUGCAGCAUCUGUGAGUGUUUUGUCAUGACUUGGAGUUAGCAUGUUGUGACAAAGUGCGGUGGCUGCUUGCUAGCAUAACCUCACGACCGACAACAGCUAAAUAAGGUGAUGAUUGUAGCUUUACGGACAUAUCUUUGGUCGAUCUACAGACAUUCAGUGCCUUGUUCAAAAUCAAGUCAUACUUUUUCAUCCUGUUUCGCAUUUUAUCACAGUACCGCCAGAGAAUUUAAACUUUAAAGUGGAAGGAAAAUGAUGGUUUACAAAAUUGCUUUUGCAUUUAUAUUCAGCCUCCCUUGACAACACUUGAGGCAUGUAUUUCUGCAGUCAGACUGAAGCAUUUUGGGGGCUAGUCUAGUAAUAUUUUUAUGUAGUCUCCUCUAUAAAAUAGCUCAGUUUCAAGCAGAUCAUGGGUCACUGCCAUUUUUAGAUCGUAGAGAGUUAAAAGUGGAAUUUGUUUCAGCCGAGUUAAAACGGUAUAACUUUACUUUUAGUUUUUACUCCAUCCAGUGCUGGUUCCUGGUUCCUUUUCUUUAUUAAUGUUGUCCAAGCCUUUUAUUUAAGGUAACAGAUUGAAGGGGGAUGAAUGUAAAUCGUUGCCACUCACGAUUUUUUAUGUUCACAUUUUUUUCAUCCAGUUCACAAAAUCUGUAAAUUAAUAAAAUACAUUAAAGUUUGUGGUGGUAAAAUGGUAAAAUGUGGAAAAGCUGAAUGGGUAUGAAUAAUUUUGCAAAGCACCAUACAUUAUAACACAUUAUUAUUACUUCUAACAGUUUCACAUAUACCACAACCCCUCUUCUAUUCAUAUUUAAAUAUUUGGGAUCUUCGAGUUUCUCUUUUAACACUAACUUUCUUCUUUUUUUGUCGUCUUUCUUGUUUUUGUUUCUUUGUUCGUUUGUGUGUAUUCUCCUUUCAAAUUGCAGAUUCCUAAAAGCGAGAGGCUGGCAGAGGAAUGGCAGGGCAAGCAGCCGCGGCGAAAACCACGGUGUGAAAAAGUGAAAGAUGGGCUCAGUAUUUAGAGAAAGAAAUAUCUGAGAAAGAGAGAGCGAUGGAUGAUAAGAAUGCCGCUGAAAUUCACAAACAUUUUGACAAAAAAAAAAAAAAUUUAUCAGCAGCGUCGAGCUUCCUCCGCUGAACAAGAGAUCGGUUUUAGCUCUCAUAACAUUCUCCAUUUUAACUCCUCCCUACCACCACUCAGAUGAUAGUACACAAUUUGAUCCUUAUUGUUUUACAGCAGAGCUUUGCUUCUUAAUGUCACUAACUCUGCUUGCGGCCAUGAAGAGGUUUUUUUUUGGCAUCCUCGCUCCUAACGCCCCUCGCUGCCCCUUGCUCGGCUUUUUUUUCUCUCUCUCUCUCCUGCCUAAUUCCUUGUGUCACUCACAAUUACGGGAAAGCGUGUGGUCAGAAACAGGACGGAAGAGCAGCAGGAGCCCGAAGGGGGAUGUUAAAACACAGCCGCACGAAGCCGUAAACUUCCUAAAACAAGUCAUCCCAGUCUCAUCGCCUUCACCCUUCACUCCUUAAAAAAAGUAUUUAAAAAAAAAGUCAACCACUCAUUUUGCAGGUUUCAUCCAAGCAGAAACAGAAGGAGAUGCUGAUCUUUUUUUUUCUUUUUUUUUUCGUGUUUCUGCUUUCUUUCUUUGUUUUUGUGUCGCACCACGUUCAGGUUCCUGGGACCGGCUGGAGGCCCGUCACUCUCAUCCACACAGUACUCAUAUCUUGUCACUGGUGUCUGUUCCUCUCUCUGACCACACCCUUUCGUUCCCACUCUCCUUCCUGGCCCCCACAAACCCCACUCAGGCAGCUCAGGCUACCUGUCUCACAGCUGCUUCGAGCCUCCCCCGUCUUGCUUCUUUUUGUUAUUUUAUUUUUUAAUUUGCUAAGGCUCGGGGCGUGUGGUGUGGUGCAUGCUUGCCCUGUCUUCCUCCUCGCCCCCCUCUGCUGGCGGCUCGGAGAGGCGGCUUACGCCACCCCCCACCCACCCACUCCGUCCUGCUGCCGCUGCCUCGAGCCUUUCUGUUCAGUUUAACCCUCAUUGCCUGGUCACACUGUUUAAAUUAACCUGGAUGCUACUGUUUGGGUUCAGUGCCUGUGGUUUUUUUAAUAAACUUUUUUUUAAAUAUAUUUAUGUACAUUUCCUUUCUGUUUGUUCUAAAAGCAUGUUUUCCUUGUUUUUAACUGCAAAUAUGUGAUCUUUCCCUCCUCCUUCUCCCAGUGCUCCAAAGUGUAAUCACAGAUGAGGACGUUAGGGAGCCAUAAUGUUGUUUUCUGACUGAUCUUACACAUAGAUAGGUCACGUCUUGUGAAUUUCUGUCUUUUUCUAUUUGUUUGUAAAACCGUAAUGCGACUUGUGGCUAGUUUACAGUCCAACACCCUGUGGGAAAUGUCUCUGCUUGGUUUAGGCAACUCCUAAAAAUAAAUAAAUAUCCCCGUUUCUACUGUAUACGAAAAUGUACUGUGAUGAACAUUUUCUUGAGACUGAAGUGUGACAACAUACACAGAUCAUCACCUGAAUUGAGCCUUAACCAGGUGGGACGAAAAAGAUGUAGUCGGAUUUGUUUAAUACGAUGAAAGUGUCUGUAGGCAUGGGCCGGAUUACUGGUGUUAAGGAAUGCCGUGGUUUUUCAAAUCUGCAAACAUUUAGCAACAUUUCUACGGUUUAAACUCCUUUUAAAUGUGGAGGUGACUGAAGUUCUCUCCAGAUAAUAAUGAGCAUCUCUUAAACCAUAUCCUCCAGGCUGUCGCUCAGCCAACUGAGAGAAUGCUACUGCUGUCUUUCUUAUACUUGUCAGGUAGAUUCGGUAUAAAUGGGGACAAAAAUUGGAACAUUUGUUAAAUUUUCUGCUGGUGCAGUUCGCCUUCACGCUGCACUGUCGAAAGAACUAAACCUGUUUACCUCCUCGCCUUUAGUGGUGCUGGACCACGAGUCACCGAAGGAAAUUACACGAAAACUUCUGAAGACGGCGCAACUUCCUCCUUCACAAAAUGUGAAUAAAAAUGUUAUGGUGUCAGAUUUUAGUGGUUGAAGUUCAUUUCUGUUUUUGCUAAAAGACCAAAAGCCAUUUCUCCUGCCAUCGCUAGACUUUUUUGUUUUGGUUGUAUUUAGUACAUGUGCAUUGGGGUCAAGAACGUGGUAUUCUCAGUGUUCUGCUGGUUUAGGACCGGGUACGUUACUUUUGCUGCUAGAUCAGAAUCGUUUAUUCAUAUUUACAGAUUAGCUGACCCCCAAAAUUUCUGAGAGCCUAACCAAGGGGUCAUAUAAGUAUUUUCUGAAUUCAUUUCACUUUGAAAUUUAAGCACCCAGCAUGGCGAGGUGAUUCUUUAGCUGCGUCACACGUGGGAUAUGCAAAGCACACAAGAGCUAUGUUGUGUUCUCAGUGUCAAAUUCACAGUAAGGUAUAUUUUACUCCACUGAAAUAAAAGCUCAAUAGUAACAAGAGCACAAAAGAGUUUUUGAUAGAAGAAGUUGGAUCACGCUGUACAUUUUGGUUACAUCCUGUCUGAAACUCAGACCGACCCAUGCCUAUCUCUGACUGGAAGACUACAACUUUUUCCCCAUAUUCAAUGGCACAUAGUGUACAAGAUUUCAACUUUUUUUUAUUAUUUGUUUGUACUCUUUGAGAUUCUUCCUCUUUGUGUCUUUUUUUUGUUGGAAUAUUCUGUUUCUCAUCCCACCUAAAUGAGACUCCUCUUAACAGCAAAGAUAAACAAUCCUGCUGUUUUGUGUUCUGUUCAGUAUCCACGUACAGCAGGUUUUCAUAAACACUUCCCAUGCGGAGGAGUGAUUAAGCAGACCUAUUAAUAGGCUCCCGCCCUCCCCUAUCUCAUCAUGUCAAGAUUUUUUUUUCCAAGUUUAUUUUGUGUCUGUAAUAAACGUCGAGAGCGAAGUGGCAGAUGCCUCACCACAAAUCUUCCAGCCCUCAGAAUCACCUGCCUGUACAGAGGAUGUGACAUGAUGGAAUUAGAGAGAGUAUAUAUGAAUUUAUUAAAAAGGAAAAAAAAAAAAGUUUUAAAAGGAAAAACAUCUAUUUUAACUAUAUGGACAGUCUUACCGCGGAUUUAUUUGCUUCGACUAGUAAGACUUCUCUUCCUUUAUGAGACCUACCAAAUGGUGUGUUUUUUGCACUUUUUCAUUUGUGUUCCAUUUGGUGGCCCCAUGCUUGUUGUUUUGGAGCACUGAAUACUUUGUAUUGUGUUUAAUUUUAUGUGCCAAUUAAAUAUGCCUGAAAAGAAAGAA